UGUCCCUCUGGGCUACUGGGGCGCCACUACUGUCCCCAACCCGCUUUGCCAGACGAGUCUAAAGGCAGCUUGACUCAGGGCUCUGCCAACAGCCCACAGCUUGAGCGAGGCUAUAAAAUCUGCCACUGAGAGAAGAGGCCCAGUGUUGCCCUGCACUGCCUAGCCCCAGCGCACAGACAUGACCCAAGCAGCAGAGCGGGGCCGAGGGGCUACAGGCUGGGGGGUGCGCGGCGCCCUAGUGGCAGUAGCACUCCUGUUGGCGCUGAAUGCCGCUGGCACAGUGUUCCUGCUGUGCCAGUGGCGCGGGCUGAGCGCGGCCCUGCGGACGCUAGAGGCUCAACGCGGCCGGGAGCAGCGCGAAGACAGCGCCCUACGCGCCUUUCUGGCAGAACUGAGUCGUGCACCGGGCCAGGUCCCCGAACCACCCCAGGACCCCGCGAGCGCAGCGCGCAACAAGCGCAGCCACAGCGGAGAACCUGCGCCACACAUCCGCGCCGAGAGCCAGGACAUGAUGAUGAUGAUGACCUACUCCAUGGUGCCGAUCCGAGUGAUGGUGGACCUGUGCAAUAGUACCAAGGGUAUCUGCCUUACAGGACCACCUGGCCCACCAGGACCCCCAGGAGUUGACGGGUUACCAGGACACAAUGGAUCAGAUGGACAGCCUGGCCUCCAGGGACCAAAGGGUGAAAAAGGAGCGAAUGGGAAGAGAGGGAAAAUGGGGUUAUCCGGAGCCACAGGAAAUCCAGGGGAAAGGGGAGAGAAGGGAGAUGCUGGUGAAAUGGGCUCUCCUGGAAAUGACGGCCCGCCAGGGCAGAAAGGUGAAAAGGGAGACAAGGGAGAUGUAUCCAACGACGUGCUUCUCACAGGUGCCAAAGGUGACCAAGGCCCACCCGGUCCCCCUGGGCCCCCUGGGCCCCCAGGGCCUCCAGGCCCUCCCGGAACCAGAAGAUCCAAAGGCCCACGGCAGCCAAACAUGUUCAGCAACCAGUGUCCAGGAGAGACGUGUGCCGUACCGAAUGAUGAUACCUUGGUGGGGAAAGGGGAUGAGAAGGCAAAUGAACGCCAUUCUCUGCGAACAGAAUCCAUGGUCACUUCCAUUGGAAACCCAGCCCGAGUACUAAAAGUUAAGGAGACUUUCGGGACCUGGAUAAGAGAGUCUGCUAACAAGAGUGAUGAGCGCAUCUGGGUGACAGAACAUUUUUCAGGAAUCAUGGUGAAGGAGUUCAAAGACCUGCCAGCACUUCUCAACAGCAGCUUCACCCUCAUCCACCUCCCUCAUUACUUCCAUGGCUGUGGGCAUGCAGUUUACAACAACUCUCUCUACUACCACAAGGGGGGCUCCAACACCAUCGUGAGAUUUGAAUUUGGCAAAGAGACACCCCAAACCCUGAAGCUUGAAAAUGCUUUGUAUUUUGAUCGAAAAUACCUCUUUGCAAAUUCCAAGACUUACUUCAACAUAGCUGUGGAUGAGAAGGGCGUCUGGAUUAUCUACGCUUCAAGUGUGGAUGGCUCAAGCAUCCUGGUAGCACAGCUGGACGAGAGGACAUUCUCUGUGUUGCAACACAUCAAUACCACAUACCCCAAAUCCAAGGCUGGCAACGCCUUCAUUGCUCAAGGGAUCCUCUACGUCACCGACACCAAAGAUACGAGGGUCACGUUUGCCUUUGAUCUGUUGGGAGGAAAACAGAUUGAUGCAAACUUUGACCUCAGGACAUCCCCGUCUGUUCUUGCCAUGUUAUCAUACAACAUGAGGGAUCAGCACUUAUAUUCGUGGGAAGAUGGCCACCUGAUGCUUUAUCCUGUGUGGUUUGCAGCAGCAGCAGCAGCAGCAGCGAGUCAGCGAUAGGCUGUCUCCUGCUUCUUCGUUACACUCCAUGUGUUUCCUCGGGCGGUUCCAGCCCAACAGAAAGCUUGUCUGUAAAGGAUGUCCGGGUUCUUGGGGCAUGAGCCCGCGCCUCAGGCACUUGCGCUGUCAGUAAGUCCCUUCAAACAGGGUUACUUAGAUAGCUACAGAUUGGAAACAGAAAUGGCUGAGAUCUCAUGAUUCCUCCCCAAACUCAGCAAGUUGGCGCUCUUCAUUGGGCCUUAGUUUUCCCAUUGGUAAUAUGAAACAUCUGAGUAUGUUGAUAGCAAUGUCCUCUAUCUGCAUGAAAUUGUGUGAUUCUUGGCUGGUUAUAUAUUAGAUUGCUUUCCUUUUUUUUUUCUUUACAUAUAAGCAAGUUCUCUGCAGCUUGAGGGAUGAACACAUCUGUAAUGACUUACAUUUGGUAUCUAGAGUAGGCACACUGACUCUUAAGGCUUCUAAGGUACCAUGUUUUCCAUCAUUUGUUAUUUUUCUCUGAAUAUGCACCUGCCGCCACAGAAUGGUGACUGUUUUCAGCCCUACAGUACAAAUCCAAGAAAAAAAAAAACAUGGGUAGCUGCAGGUCUCUAAGUGAAACCACAUCAAGCCCUUCUAGGUGUCUGUCAAUUUCUGAUCAUGUCUGUUACUGGGGAGCAUAAACACGGAUUCCCCAGCUCACAGCCACUUCUGCUGAGGCUAUGGGGUUGCUAUCAGAGCAUUAAACACUCAGUGGGCAAUCAUCUGGUUAGAGCCAUGGAAGCAUGAUGGUUUUCUCCAAAGCAAAGCACCAUGUGCAGUUAGAAGGAGGGAAGGCAACUGGCUCAAAGGCCGAAGCCAGCAAGUCCCCUGUUGCUGUAAGCGGCAUAAAGCAGCCUGUCUCCCGUUGCUGUAAGGGGCAUCACGUUCCUGUGCCUAAGACUCAUCCUGCAGACCACAACAGCAGUGAAUCACAGCAGUUCUGAAAGUCCCGAAACAUUACUACCCUUUACAGAAAGAAAGAGAAAAGAUGCUGACCUUAUUAUUCUAGGGCACAGAGUGAGCCAGAUUCCUGAAAGGGCUGAUGCCCCAGGUCCUGUUCAAACUGAGAAGUGGUAUUUUAUGUGGCUUGAGUUUUGACAGAGGGAAAGCUAAGAACAGCACCAAGUGAAGUACAUGAACCUCCAUCCAGCCAGGGCCCAAAUGGUUCUCAAGGUUUGAUCUGUUCCUCUUGAAUAUUAGAAAAUGACCUAGUUUAAUUGACUCCUACGCACCCUUAAACGGACAUGUUUUCUGCCAAACCCUUGGGCAGAAGGCAUGGGGCAUGGAGGUCAAGAGGGGGUCGGGAAUUUCAUAGCACUCUGAAGACAGGAAGAGAAACUACCCAGGGAAAACUGGACAGCAAUUUGUUCCAGUGUGUGUGUUCUGAAAUAGUUUCUCUGGGUCCAAACCCAUUCUCAGUGGCCCCAUGACCUGGUUUCAUUUUUUAACAGAAGCACUUUAAGACUCGGAGUGUGCACAUUUAACUAUUUAAAUUUUCCCGACCUCUGGAAACACCCAGGCAACCGUGAUUGGGUCCCUUGUUGAGUUCUCAAGGUGAUGGUCCCAAAGCUUCUUCAUGUCUCCAUUUGGUUGGUUCUGCCAGUCGUCACAGCUUUUAAAGAUAUUCUCUCAGAUUCCGUUGUUGCAAGUGUGUCUAAUGAAUGCUAUUGUUCCUUUAAAGUAUUCAAAUAUGUGGUAUUGUUUCUGAGUACAGUAGAUGUGGAUAUAAACAUGAUUCCCUUUCUCCCCCCCCCUUUGGUUUUACUAGACAGGGUUUCUCUGUAUUGUUUUGAAGGCUGUCCAGUUCAGCCCAGCCUCGAACUCACAGAGAUCUGCCUGCCUCUGCCUCCCGAGUGCUGGGGUUAAAGUCGAGCGUCACCACCGCCCGGCUUCCCUUUCUAUUAGUAGUAUUGCUGAGGAUAGAUACAAUACUAACUGUACAUAUAUCACAAGUGAAAUAGUUAUUGAAUUAGUUCACAUAGUUUUGGUAUCUGAACUAUCAACUAUCUUAGUCUGUUUUUGUUUGUUUGUUUGUUUGUUUUUAACAGGGUCUGUGUUUGCCCAGGCUGAUCUCAAACUCUUGGGGUCAAGUGAUCUUCCUAUGUCAGCUUACUGAGUGCUGGGCCCCAGACAAGUGGCUCUUUGUCUCUCUUAAUUGUGGUGAGGAAUCAUACACUCACCAAUAGAGAAGUUCACACUACAAUUAUUGUUUGAUUCUUUUUGUCACUGUUUCUUCUUUUGUUAUGGUAUGGUAGGACUAGAACAAGUAAGAUGCUUAAUGGCAGUUUGUCUUUACAGAAGAAGAAGAAUUAAGAUUCUACUUUUUUCUUGUAAACAGUACUUUUUCUAUAUCACACAGCACAUACAUGCACACAUGUGCACACAUACGCACAGGUAUUUCAGGCUCACUGUGAUAAUAGGAGGCACAGCCUUGUGCUUUUAAAUCAAGAUAUUAUUUUAAUCAACCCCACCAUCACUUAUAGUCAGAACUUAGCAUUUAGAACUACUAAAGCAUCUCUAUAUGAAAUCAAAUAAUUCUUGAAUUCUUCUGAAAUCUAAAGUAGAGACCAUCCUACUAGAAAUCAUACUUUCGAAGUGAGACUAGACGCUAUAUACCAAAGCACUUUAACUGAUACAGAGUCCAACUAAUGUUGCAGAGGUGACUCUGGUCUGGAUGUACCAUGAGGCAGAGGUGAUGGGACAGGGGAAGCAUUUCAGGCUGAAUGUUUCAGAUCAGUUCCGGUCUCGGGUUCCUUCACGGGUCUUCUUACUCUCAAAAUCAACAGGUGAAAUGUCAAAUGAGAAGGCACAAUUCUUGGAAAGUCAGCUCAGCCAUUGUGUCCCAGCCAUACAAAGUACACAUGAACUUUGCCUAUGUGGUGCAGAGCGACCUGAAGGGGAAGGGAGGGACAGAGUUUUUCAGUUUUCAUCAGUGCCGUGUGGCCUUGUUUCUCACAUAGUUCCCAACUGCAACCACAGAUUUCAAAUGACAAAUAACAAUUGUAAUUAGUAAAAUAAAUUAUCAUGAUCAUAAUCACAUGUGGAAACAAGCAUAUUGCUAUUUUUACAUAUAUGUGUGUGUAUAUAUGUAUAUACACAACUAGAGAGAUAUAUGAAAAACAACUCAGAUCAACACUGAGGUAGAAUUAUGUUGGUAGUUUCUCUGUAGAAACUUUGUUUGCUAGUUCUUCCUGAACACUGGGCAAUCAUUAACAUGGACUGUUGCUGCUAUAGGAAAACAUAGGAAAUGGAUAACUAGGAACCAAACCUCUUUUAGUAUGUUCUCUGUUGCUGUGAUACUCAUCUUGACCAAGAGUGACUUGGAGGAGUAAGGGUUUAUUUCAGCUUACACUACAGCCCAUUAUAUUGGGAAGCUAAGAGGGACAUGGAGGGAUGCUGUUCAAUCCUUGCCGACUUGCCAACUCAGCCAACUUUCUCCCAUGACACAGGACCACAUGCCCAAGUGUGCACAGACCACAGUGGGCUGACCUAAGUCAUCGCUCCAAACAAUUCCUCACAGAUGUGACUGUAGGCUAAUAUGAUGGAGGCAAUUCUUCAUUUGGGGUUCCCUCUUCCUAGAUGUGACAAGCUGACAACUAAGAAUAGACAUCAUAGAAUUGGGUACACACAGAUGUAAACACAGUAGAGAUUUGCAGGGCAAGGGAACUGAAAAGCUAUCUGGGGUCAAGAAUAAAAAUAACUAUUUAAAAAAACUAGAUUUGUAUGAAUUUGGACAAGUCUCAGUUCCUUAGAAAAAGAAUAAUAGUCUAAAAAAGAAUAAUAGUCUACUGUGCUGGCUAGUUUUAUGUCAACUUAACACAAGCUUGAGUUAUUUAAGAGGAGAGAACUUCAAUUAAGAAAAUGCUUUCAUAGAUUUUCUGGCUGUAGGUAAGCAUGUAAGGCAUUUUUUCUAGUGAAUGGUAAGAAAGCAAUCUGAGAAAGGCCAUGGGAAAAAGCCAGUAAGCAGCAUCCUCCAUGGCCUCUGCAUUAGCUCCUGCCUCCAGGAUCCUGCCCUGUUUGGGUUCCUCCAAUGAUGAGCAAUGAUGUGGAAGUGUAAACUAAAUAAACCCUCU